AUGGCAUUGCUGUCGGUCCUCUUUCUCAGACACGGAUUUCAUGACAAAACGAGUGACUGGGAAGCGCGUUGCUAUUUGCUCCUUCUUCCAGUCUUGUCGUUGGUUGACGUGAUGGCUGGUUUGUUGGCUUAUGCUGCCAUGUUGAAUCCUUUGCGCGCAGACACGCUGCACCAGCUUCUUUCCUCAAGUUGGUACGCCGACCCGGAAUCUUGCUGUUGUUUCGACUCUGAAGUUCAGUCUGCUGCGCGCUGGAAUGCACACCUGCGCGGGAUUGCGAUCAAGACAGGUUUGGCAUCCUUAAUGGACUUCUUGCUGUUCCCAGUGGGACUAGUUCUUGGCCUCACAGUCUACCGAGCAGGCCCCUUGCUGAAGGCCCUUUGGGGCUACGACGAGCUUGGUGAACCCAUUUUGGAGGAGUCUCUUCCCAUCUCCCGGAUUCAUGCCAUCAUCAUGAAGCAAUUUGCCUUGCUGCUUUUGGACCUGUUGACUCUGCCAAGUUUGAUUUUGGUGCUUUUAACCGGGUACCGCUGUAGCGCCACGCAGCAUCUUAUGGAGAGGAUGAGAGCAAGGAAUUAUGGAGCUAUGGCGUACCAUGUCGCAGUUGUGAGCAACUCAUUGGUGAUCAUGCAUGAUGCUUUCCUGGCAGUAUGCUCCUUGACACUCCUCCUUACCGUCUACCGUCUCCCGCGCGUGAUUCGUGUGCUGCAGCGUCAAGGUGUGAGCAGCGACAGUGACAGCGGCAGCGAGAGCGACAGCAGCACCAGCAGCAGCUCCAGAAUGCGUUUGAAGAUAUGGCAGGAAAUUGGGCACCUUCUCUUGGAUUUGCCGCUGCUGCCCCUUUUGCUGAUCCUACUCCUCACAGUCUGGAGGGCUGAUUUAGUGCUUCAAGAGAUAUGGCACGCUGAAAGCGACUGUGAGGGAAGGAAAGUUGUGGCGCUGCAGUUUCUGGAGCUCCUUCGCGACAUGCUUGCCUUUGUCGCCUUGCUAAUUCUGGCCGUGACUCUGGUGAGGCUUCCCAAGGUGCUUUUGGACAUUUAUGCUCAACGCGCCAGACCGGCCACCGGGACGCCGCGCCUGGCGCUGCGGAGCGUGCAGGUGGCCGCGCCCAACGACGACCGGCUCACCUGGUACGUGGCGGCGGACCAAGAGUCCUCUCGAAAGCGGAACGAACUGGGCGUCAUUCGCAUCAACGUCAUCUCGCAAGCGUUUUGGGAAGACAUCGGUCGUGUCUUUGGGACGGCGGUGUCGAGCCUGGGAAAAGCCUUGCUGCCCUACACUCUUCAGGAAGGCAAGCAUUUCGAGUACAAUGACCUCCUGCCUCAAGCUGUUCAGAUGGAGCUGAAGAUUGGUGGGGAUGAACUGAAGAAACGGCUAUUGCAGCUGGAUGGAGACAUGACCAUGUGUGUGCAGAUCGAGCACAGAGCGCCGGAUGGUACGGAGGAGGUCAUGGGGCGACUUCCGAUUCCAGCACGUGUCCUGCACGAUGCGAUACGACGUCCUGAAACCGUUGUGCAGGUUCCAGAGGAGUUCAUUGCUGCUGCCAGAUCGCCAGAUCUUCUAGAAGCCGUUUGCGGGCCUUUGUUAUCUGGAUCGGGCAUUCGAAACGGUCUUUGGAUAUGUGCUUUCCGCGAAUUGUGGCAGCUUGUCCUGGAUUUAUUGCAUUUGCUGCUCUUCCUCUUGCUACUGGCCUCACCCUUGCGCCUCAUGCAGUACCUCUACUUCGCGGGCUCUUCAAAUCAGGCUUGGCUACGCAAGCUAACUCGCCAGAUGGUCAGCGUUCUAUAUCUCAAGGACAGUAUGCUGAGGAUGUACCGGGGCCUGGGGCUGGAGCCAGCUUUGAAUGCUGCGGCCAAGGAUCCUCCUAGCAGGACUCGGACUGACUUGCAGGUAUGGUUGACCUAG